AUGAACGUUGUUGUAUGCUCUGGUGGAACUGCCACUAAUUCACUAACUCCUUGCUUUUCGAAUAUUUCUAUCUUAAAAGGGCAUGAGCUGACGUAUAUAUUACCUAUAUCUGAUAAUGGUGGGUCCACAAGUGAGAUUCUACGAAUAGUUGGUGGUCCAGCAAUUGGUGACAUUAGAUCUAGGAUAGUUAGACUUCUUCAGGAUGAACAGCUUGUCAAGUUAUUCGGUCAUAGGCUACCUGAUGACAAGCUACAAGCGAAAAAAGAAUGGAAUGAAAUAGUAGAAGGAUCGCACCCCAUAUGGAAAAGUAUCUCGGUAGAAGUUAAAGAAAUGUGCCGCUCUUUUAUCAUCCAUAUGCAGGCAGAACUAUUAAAAAAGAUCAAGCACUCAAAUCCAUUCCAGUUCGAAAGUGCAUCCAUUGGAAAUUUUUUCUUGACUGGCGCAAGAUUGUUUUUGGGUUCGCUUGAUGCAUCUAUUGAACUCAUGAUGAGGAUUGGAAGGUGUAGUCCUCUAGUUCACGUUAUUCCAUGUAUAAACACAAACCACACACAUCAUAUUUCGGCUUUGUUGACGAAUGGUGAGAUGAUAACUGGUCAAUCACAAAUAUCGCAUCCUUCAAAAUCUGUCCCAAAAGCCAAUGGCAUAGUACAUUCAGCUAAAUUCAUUCAUUUACUUGGAGCUUACGACGAUCAUUUAAAGAUUUUGCUGGAUGACGAAGAAGAAGAAGAGGCUGAAGAGGAGUAUGCUAAUCCUAUUUAUAUUCUUCCAGAACUCAAGAACUCACAGUUACAUUUCGACAAGCUUGAUGGAUCUCAGAAUCUACCUGCACCAGUAAAUAGGAUACUAUAUAUAAACCCAUACGGUGAAGAAAUCAAGCCAGUGGGAAAUCCAAGAGCAAUUUCCAAAGUAAAAAGGGCUGAUAUGGUUGUUUAUUCUAUCGGUUCUUUAAUGACAAGUCUAUUGCCAAUUCUUAUUCUUGGCAAUCUUGCAGAAGUUAUUUUGGAAUCAGGUAAUACAAAGAAGGUUUUACUUAUAAAUAAUAAGUACGACAGAGAGAUAUUCGGUUUAGACGGUUUACACUACGUUCAAAUGAUCAUAGAUUCUAUGAGUAGGGCAAUAUCAGGCUAUAGACAAUCUAAGGGUGUUUAUUCAAAGAAUGGUGACUUCGAAUGGCAGGAUUUUAUUACAGAUAUUAUUUAUUUGAAGAGCGGCGAAGUUAAAAUCGAUGAAGCAAUAUUCGAAAAGCACAAUAUUAGGUGCCACCAGAUCGCUUCUUCUGAUAAGAUGGAAAGUGAAGAACUUGAGAAGGUUUUGAAUGAAAUUGGUCUUAAGAGCUGA